AUUCCGCUUCAUACAGGUCACCACAGCCUUACAUUGAACUUACCGUUUACCAACUACUUUUUGUAAGCAAUACAAAAACUCAAAAACCAAAAACCAUGGAAGAAGAAAUCGCAGCAUUAGUUAUUGAUAACGGCUCUGGUAUGUGCAAGGCCGGUUUUGCCGGUGAUGAUGCCCCUAGAGCUGUUUUCCCAUCUAUCGUCGGUAGACCCCGUCACCACGGUAUCAUGGUGGGUAUGGGUCAAAAGGACUCCUAUGUUGGUGAUGAAGCUCAAAGCAAGCGUGGUAUUUUGACUUUGAAGUAUCCUAUUGAACACGGUAUCGUCAACAACUGGGACGAUAUGGAAAAAAUCUGGCACCACACCUUCUACAACGAGUUGCGUGUUGCUCCCGAAGAGCACCCCUGCUUGUUGACUGAAGCUCCUUUGAACCCCAAGUCUAACCGUGAAAAGAUGACUCAAAUUAUCUUUGAAACAUUCAAUGCUCCCGCCUUUUACGUUUCCAUUCAAGCCGUCUUGUCCUUGUACGCUUCCGGUCGUACCACUGGUAUCGUAUUGGACUCUGGUGAUGGUGUCACUCACACUGUUCCUAUUUAUGAAGGUUAUGCUCUUCCUCAUGCCAUUAUGCGUCUUGACCUCGCCGGUCGUGAUUUGACUGACUAUCUUAUGAAGAUUCUUAUGGAGCGUGGUUACACCUUCUCUACCACCGCCGAACGUGAAAUUGUUCGUGAUAUCAAGGAGAAGCUCUGCUACGUUGCCUUGGACUUUGAACAAGAACUCCAAACUGCUGCUCAAUCUUCUUCUCUCGAGAAGUCUUAUGAACUUCCCGACGGUCAAGUUAUCACUAUUGGUAACGAACGCUUCCGUGCUCCUGAAGCUAUGUUCCAACCCUCUGUCCUGGGUCUUGAAAACGCCGGUGUUCAUGAAGCUACUUAUAACUCUAUUAUGAAGUGUGAUGUUGAUAUUCGUAAAGAUUUGUAUGGUAACGUUGUUAUGUCUGGUGGUACUACUAUGUACCCUGGUAUCGCCGAUCGUAUGCAGAAGGAAAUCCAAGCCCUUGCUCCUAGCUCAAUGAAGGUUAAGAUUGUCGCUCCCCCUGAGCGUAAGUACUCUGUCUGGAUUGGUGGUUCCAUUCUCGCCUCUCUUUCUACUUUCCAACAAAUGUGGAUCUCCAAGCAGGAAUACGAUGAGAGCGGUCCUGGUAUCGUUUACCGCAAGUGCUUCUAAGUUCUUUCAUUUUUGUAACGUUUACGUACUUUUGAAUAACAUCGAUUCUUUCUGAUAUAUAUUUUUCUAGCUCCUCAAUCUUUACAUAUCGUGUUCCUUAUUUCAAAUGACCUUUAAAAUAAUCGAUGGUUUAUCUUUUUUCUACUAACCGGGAGUUUUCGUUAUGGACAGGGUGCUUUGCUUCUUGUUGCUUUCGUUUAGCUGAUGCUCUUCCUUUUUCCUUAUUCUUGCUAGUAUAGACAGAAAAACGGAGUUCUAUAUGUGUUCAUGAAUAUGGGACAAACUAUCUUGUCCAUGAUUAAUUACUACGGUGCUUCCGUCUAUAGAAUAUAAAAAGUUCUCACUUUGGUUUUCCAUCAAGACCGAUGCAUCGUGUGAUGUCUCCCUAUUGAUGGUUUCUUUACUACAAUUAUCAAUUAGAUUAUUAUAAAUGAAUGAUAUAAACAGUUUUUAUUUUUUUUAUACAGAAAA